AUAGAUAUUAUAUCUCUCCUCCAUUCUAAAGGAUAUUUAUAUCGUGAUGUAAAACCAGAAAAUUUCCUGAUGGGGAUAAAUAAAAAAUACAAUACCAUCUAUAUCAUUGAUUUUGGUUUGUCAAAAAAAUAUAAGGACAAAAAGACAGGUGAGCACAUUCCUUACAAAGAAAAUAAAGGAUUGAUUGGAACUGCUAGAUAUGUCAGUCUUAACACUCAUCUUGGAAUAGGUAUUCAUUUUGUUAUAAGUAUAGAAUAAAGCAGGAGAGAUGAUAUGGAAUCUUUGGGAUAUUUAUGGUUAUAUUGUCUAAAGGGAUCUUUACCAUGGCAAGGACUUGAUGUUACUAGUCGGGAUGAGAAAUAUGAAUUGAUUAAAACAAUCAAAUAAACUAUUUCUAUUGAAGAUCUAUGUCAUGGACUGCCAAAUGAAUUUGUAAAGUACUUUCAACAUUGUAGACAACUUAAAUUUGAUGAAGAACCUGAUUACAAGAGGUUUAAAAUGUUAUUUAGGGAUUUAUUCUUCAAAUUAGAUUUUAUAUGGGAUUACUAAUUCGACUGGAUUGAAUCGCUCUAAUAAGAAUAAAUAUAAUCCAUCAUGCAUACUAAAUUAAGCAAAAACUCUUUAUCAAGUCUUAAAGGAGGAAGUAUUUAAAUUUUUAGUAUUCAGGUUAAAUAUUAAAAACAGAUGAAGAAGAUGAAGUUUAAGAAAAAAUUGAAUUCAAAAUUGGAGGGGAUUCGUAAUUGAACUUAAAAAAUGUCAAACCUAUAAUAAAUUUAGAUAAACUUAUCAGCAAACCAAAUUUAUUUGAAAGCAUCUUCAAAUGA